AUGAUUUCUUAUUUUGUUCCUAUAGUAGAAAACAUUCCAGAUGGUGUGUCUUCGGUCCUUGCUGAUUCAAUCUUCUCUUUGACUGAAUCUAAGAAAUGUACUAAGAACGAUGUUCAGAGUCAAGGCAAGCUUGUGUCUACCAGUCGCUCUCAAGACUCUACUCCAAGGCCACCUCUUGUACCCACUGAGCAGGCCAGGACUGUUGCCAGCACACCCGACGAUGCUUAUUUGCUUGCAGAUCUAUUUGAAGUCCAUAUGCAGUUUGCAGGCUUCCUGACCUACAAUUUUUCCCUUCCCCUUCUUUCCUACCCGCUGCUAGUGAUAAGAAGAUUCCCAGGCACUGGGAUCUUCAUGAACAUGGACAUCAUCUGCCCUGCAUCUGAUAGUGGUGGUAAAACUGAUUGCGCUUCACUAAACCUAUUUGUGGAGACAUUCGCAGGCAACAUUGAAGGAAAUUAG